AUGCUUGAAUACCAUAUUCAUGAAUUAGGUAAAUGGGAGCUCGGUUGGAUACUCUGUGACAUCUGGAUCAGUCUGGACAUCCUCCUUUGCACUGCUUCAAUCCUGUCUCUUUGUGCUAUCAGCGUGGAUCGCUAUUUAGCUGUAACCAGACCUCUCACGUACUCCAGAAGAAGAAGGUCUAAGAAACUAGCCUUGUCUAUGAUAUUAUUCGUCUGGAUCGCAGCUGGGACCAUCACUUGCCCUCCUAUGUUUGGCUGGUACGAACCAGAUCACAAUCAAGGCGGUGUCUGCCGCUACAACCAAAACCCUGGCUACGUGGUAUUUUCUGCCAUGGGUUCCUUCUUCCUCCCUAUGGCUGUGAUGGUGUACGUCUAUGCCAGGAUAUCCUGUGUGGUGGCAAGGAGACAUCACCAAUUAGCCAGCAGCACUAAGUGUAAUAAGAAAGGAAAAUUAUCCUGCAUACGUACGGAAUCAGAAUCAGGAUCAGACAAACUAUCACUACGACAGUCUGCUUCAAAGCAAACUUCGAAGUACUCAACCCAACAGAACGAUUGCUGUUCUCAAGAUCAAAAAUGCCCAUGCUGUUUCCGACCAGAAAAGAAAAAGAAAUUUAGAUGUACUAAAGAGAAAGAGUCUCGUUUCUACAACAACGAAGUUACAUUCAAAGCUAAUUUUAAAUAUAAAAACACUACCAGACGUACACAUUCAACAAAAGAACACGUAGAAAAUAAUAGAGUAUCGUCUUUAAGAAGAGAGACUAAAACUGCCCAAACAUUAAGUUUGGUUGUGGGAGGUUUCGUCGCCUGCUGGCUCCCUUUCUUCGUUUACUAUCUUCUUACACCUUUCAUACCAAGUAAUUAUGUAAAUCCUGUACUUAUGUAUAUACUGACGUGGUUAGGUUGGUUUAAUUCGGCAAUAAAUCCCUUUAUAUACGCUUUUUACUCUCCAGACUUUAGACUAGCCUUUUGGAGACUCACUAUUAAGAAAUGUAAGAGAAAUAAACGUUAG